CAGUCCUCAUGACUCCUAUAAAACACGGAUCCUGCGCUCAAUCCUCAACAGAGCACAGAACCAUAAGAGUCAGCUCCUCGGUUUAGUUUGCAACCUCAGACAGCACCGCAGAUUUUCUGAUAACUAUACAUUACAAAAAGUGACAUGGAUUCUGUGGACGGUGUGAAUAACCAGAAUGUGUUUGAACGGAUAGUUCACCUUCCCUUGUUUAUUUCUUCCUAUGACUUGGUGUCAAAUGUGUACUGUAACACCAAGAACACCCAUCCGUACUUGAAGUCUGUGUGUGAGGUGGCUGAGAGUGGUGUGAAAUCCAUAACCUCAGCUGCUUUUCACGGUGCUUUCCAAAUCAUCGGCCAGCUAGAGCCUCAGAUCUCUAUGGCAAAUGACAUGGCAUGCAAAGGACUGGAUAAGAUAGAGAAGACUCUGCCGAUCCUACACAAGCCGUCUGAUCAGAUCUUGGCCAGUGCAAAAGAGGCAGUGACAGGAGCAAAGGUAGCUGUCAGCGGUAGCAUGAACUGUGCCAAGGAGUCUGUCUCCUUCACCCUCAGUGAUGUGACAGACAGAACACGAGGAGCCGUGGAAAAGACCAAGACCGUGGUGACUGGUGGAGUCCAAUCAGUGAUGGAGAGCAGAGUGGUCAAACUGAUGAGCAGCAGCGUGAACACAGCACUGAGCACAUCUGAGACGCUCCUGGAGCAGUACUUACCUGAAACAGAGGAGGACAGAGAAAGUGAAGAGAAGAAUUCCAGAGGAUUGGAAAAUAACAGUGAUGCACCCAGUUACUACGUGCGGCUGGGGUCUCUGUCCAGCAGAGUCCGGGACAGGGCUUACCAGAAGGCUGUAGAUCAAGUUCAUAAUGCCAAAGUGUCCAUAUCUCAGCUGAACCACACAAUGGAUCUAAAGCUACAUGACAAACUGAGUUCGCUGAUGGGCCGGAAGAGUCAGGAAGAAGAUGAGAUGGUCACACAUGAGGCUGAGCAAAUUGAAUCACACACAUUGACCAUUGCCCACUUCCUCAGCCAGCAACUCAAGAGCACAUGUGUGGUCUUGGUGUCCAGUCUCAAAGGUCUCCCUCAGCACAUCCAGGUUCGGGUCCAGAUCUACAGCAGCUUCAGUAAGGUUGCCGCCCUAGAAGGUUUGUCCAACAGCGUCCUCGCCAGCAGUCGAUCCCAGCUGAGCAGAAUAAGAGAUUCCACAGAUAACGUCAUGGACUACCUGGUCAACAAUACACCUCUCAAUUGGCUGGUAGGUCCAUUUUACCUACGUGUGGAACACGGGAGUGCAGACAGCCCCGAAUGUGACAAACCAAGGACCCUUCGAGUCACUGAAUAAAGACCGAUGAAAUUUCAGAAUAUUAACCAUUUGAUUCUAUCUUAGAAAUAUAUGUGCAAUCACACAUUCCUGCCAGUAAAAACCUUCUCUUCUUUGAAAGCAGUGAUAUUUACUGUGAUAACAGUCAUAAUGAAUAAUAUACAGUGUGUCUUUACUUUCCUAUUUUAAACCCGCAUAUGCCUAAUCAUUUUAGGUAUAAAUAGUGCCUUUUUACAC